UUGCUAAAGAAGUUGAAGAAACAUCUGAGAAAUUGUCGUCAUUUUCAUUACGCCGCCAGACAUUGACAAUACAAACAAUAAUGCAAAACGAAAAUUAUUCUAAUUGGGACGCGCUUGAAUAUCACCGGGAAUGGUAUGCAACGAAAUAUGAAAUGAACAAGUCCAAAGUUAGGUUGGCACUCACCCGACAACUCGAAUGGUUUACGAGUUCCGGGUCACAGGAAGAGAAAUCAGCAGCAUCGAAAAUGUUGAAACAAUUUCAGAAUGAUUCAAAUCCUGGCGGAAGUAUCUAUGAUUUCUGGGCUGGUAUUUUUGCAAACGAUAAAGCAGAGUUGAAAAGGAAGAUAACUGACGCAAAAGUUCGUGAAAUACAGGCAGAUAAACAUUUGCUAAUGAAUGAAAGGUCUCUUAAUGUCUUGAAAGAAACGGUAGUGGAGCAUAAUGAAACAUCAAUAAUAUUGGCUGACUUUGCUCGUGCAGAACAAGAUGUCAGAAAAAGAAGAAAGCAUUAUCACCAGACGGACGGAUUUACUACUCCUUCCCCGGGUAGUCCAAUAAAACAUUCAUCCAUUGAGGAGGAGGGUAGCCCAAUAAAACAUCUAUCGGAAGAGGAAAGUCCAUUCAUUGAGGAGGAAGAGGAUGAAAUUAUAAUUGAUGAUGUUCCAUACGAAUUUUCUUUCGAAAAUGGAGGAGAUUCUGCAGAUGAUUUACACGUGGGAAAUACUAAUGUAUCUAUAAUCUUUCGAAAUUAUCAAAAUCAGUCGCUAAAUAUUGCGAGGGACAAGGGAUUAUUCGUAGAAUCAAAUGUACAGGAAAUUUUAUCUCUAUCAUCUAUUUUAUUGCUUGCCCCGAAUUCCUAUUCCAGAACAAUGAUCGAUCACUUCGGAUUGUCCUUGCUCGAUGAAAUUCAUCAAAAACUUACAUCGGAUCAACAAAAAUUAUUAGAUCCAGAUUCCGAAGUAACAUUCAGAAAAUCAAUUAAAAUGGCAAUAAGUGGAUCGCGGGAUGAUUCUACUAAUUGGUUAUGUGGGAAACUUUCUAGUGAACAACCUUUGAGAGAGAAUUUAGGUUUUAUUGUUCUGGAUUGCUUAAGAACGUUACCAACUUCAAAAAUUAGAAACGAACACAGUGAGAUCACACACUAUACUAAUUUCCUUGAUCGCAUAAUGAGAGGACUCUUUAAUAAUCCCGAUAAAUACAUAGUACAAUGGCCCAAUACGGCCUUAAAUGAAAGCAAAACUAGAAAAUUUGAAGGUCGCACUAAACAGCCUGACUUCACAGUUUCCAUUAUUUGUCAGUUACAGACAAGUGCUACCUUAUUUGUGGGUGAAGUUAGCCCUCCAUCAAAAAAGGGGGAUGUAUAUAAAAACUGUAACGAUCUUAUCCGCCUUGGUGUGUUUAUGAAAGAUAUCCUAGAUUCAUCUGUUGAUAAAGGCGCCGAUAUAAAAGUUCUGGGAUUCCAGUGUAUUGAUUAUAAAGUUGACUAUUACAUAAUGGAUCUUGUUAAAGGAAUUUAUAUUAUGCUUCAUGUCGGUCAGGUUUCUAUUCCAGCAUCCCUAAAGGAUAUGUCGUCUUUUGUGGAUGAUAUAGAAUUAUCUUUAAGAAUACAAGAUAUUUUUCGCGAAUCUUAUGAAAAUUUCUAUCCCAAGCUUU